GAUUUGGAUGAAUAUAGAGACGAUGAUGGUGAUGAUGGUGAUGUUGUUGAUGAUGAUGAUAAUGAUGAUGAUGAUGAUUUGUGUGGUGAAGAUGAUGAUGGUGAUUGGGAUGAUUUGGAUGAUUAUGAUGAUGAUGAUGUUGCUUAUAGGGAAGAUGAUGAAAUGUAUUAUGAUGAUGAUGAUGACGAUGUUGAUGAAUAUGAAUUGGAAGAUCAUGAUGAUGACUAUGAUGAUUAUGAUUAUGAUGAUGAUGAUUAUGAUUUGGAUGAUGAUAUGGAUGACGAUGUUGAUGAUGAUUUGAAUGAUGAUGAUGCUGAUGAUGUUGAUGAUGAUUUGGAAGAUGAGGAUGAUUCGGAUUAUGAUGAUAAUGAUGAUGAUGAUGAUUUGUGUGGUGAAGAUGAUGAUGGUGAUUGGGAUGAUUUGGAUGAU